AUGGUAAAUCAUACCAUGUAUUCAGAUGAAGAUGAUAGUCAGGAAGAUCAAUUUAUUAAUUACAAACAAAAAUAUAGAGCGUUGAAAAAAAAUCUUCGCUACUUAAUUUAUGAAAAUGAAUGUUUUCAAGAUGAAUUAAGAAAAGCACAGUAUAAUUUUGUUAGUAUUAGUAGGGAUAAAAGUUUUCUUUUAGAUAGAAUUUUAAAAUAUGAAAAACCUCAAGGGCCUAGUAGUGAUAGCGAAGCCACUGAAUCCUCUGAUGAAGAUGACGAUGCAAAAGUAGCUUCUUCAUCGAAUAAUUUCUUUUCACAAAAGAAAAAAAUCACAAAAAGAAAAAGACCUGAAACAGAAAUUCACAAUGGGAAUGUGAGUGUGCCUUCUGAAGUUGUACACAAUCAUCCUAAACCUAAUCCAUUAAAACCAGUUUUCAAUAAACCUUUGGGUAAUAAAAAUAAUGUUUUAAUUAAAAAGGCUAAAAAAUCUCCUGUUCCUCGAAAACCUCCUGUUAAAAAAGAAAAAGAAAUUCCCAAACUUAUUAGUGAUAAACCCUUAAUGAGUCCUCAAUCUGUAAAACCUUAUGAUAUAAACAAUGUACAAAUCGCCAAUGAAGAGCAAGUUGAUACUAGUGAACAAGACCUAUCGAAUAAUAUGUCGAGAGUAGAAUUUGAGUUUUCCUCGAUGACUGGUAGUGAAGGACAUUUAACAAGAGAAGAAGUUGAAAGACAUUUAGAAUCUAGAAGGUUCAGUCCAGAAUUAAACACGACAGCAACUGUGCCAGCAGAAUUAUUUAGUCAUGAAGCAGAUCCAGAAAGUGAUUUCGAAGAUGGGGAAAUAUGUGAAUUUAUUCAACUUGAAGAAGAUUGUACAAGUGCUGAUGUAAUUUUAGAAUAA